AUGGGAGAGCUGUUGGUGGAGGUCGUCGUUCUCCUCCUCAAGGGGUUUCUAGUCUCGGUGGAUCUUCUCCUGCUGGCAGUGCAGCCAGUGAUGCAGAAGCUGGGAGACCUGCGAAGAUCAUGGGGAGUAAGAAACAUUCUGCACCUGAAGAAGGAGGAGAAGAAGAAGAAGAAGGUUGUGGUGAUCGGAGCUUCGUUCGCAGGGCUGGAGGCGUCUCGACACCUUUCAAAGCAUGCGGAGGUGACGAUAAUCGAAGAGCGAUCGUUCUUCGAGUACACACCUGGAGUCCUGAGAUGCUUCGUUGACCCGCAACACUUCUACUCCCUCGCUUGCUCCCUACACCUCCCCCCUUGCCAAAUCGUCACAGGUCAUGUGACUGACGUACAAGCGAAGCAGGUCGUAGUUGAGUUUGAUCAUGGCGGCGAGAAACAAGUCAGAGAGAUUCCCUUCGAUUAUUGUCUGCUAGCCAUGGGCUCCUCGUACAACGGAGCGAUUAGGCCUAGGAGGGAGGAAAAGACCAUGUCCUGCCGAGCGAUGACGUGGAUGCAUGAGAACAGCAAGCUUCAACAAGCUCCUUCUGCUCUCGUCGUUGGCGCUGGUCUGGUUGGCGUCGAGCUCGCGGCGGAGAUCAUUGCUGUGUAUCCGAGCAAGAGAGUGACGCUGGUGUAUGGCACGCAAGUAUGA